GAGGGAGCCUUACACAGACAGACAACGAGAGUGCAGAGAGGGAGCUCCAGGUAUUCAACAAUCCAACCACAUCACAGGACCAUCUCCUUUAAUUAUGACACUGUUAUGUAGGACCUGGUGUCCGCUGCUGCUUACCUGGCUGUGUGCACUGACAGUCGUUUCAGGAUCAUCCAUAGAUGUCCAUUUUUCAGUCUGCAACUGUAAUGGGCGAUCCCAGCGCUGUGUGUUCGAUACAGAUUUGCAGACCCAGACAGGUUCUGGGUUCCGCUGUCUAGACUGUACUGGAGGAACAGAUGGACCCAACUGUGAGCGUUGCAAGGAUGGGUAUUAUCCACAGCCUGGAGGAACCUGUGCACCCUGUCAAUGCCAUAUUAGAGGCUCUCUCAAUACCCAGUGUGAUAACGUUGGACGGUGUAGCUGUAAGCUUGGGGUGAUGGGUGAGAAGUGUGACCGGUGUCAGCCUGGUUUUAAUUCGCUCAGUGACAGUGGAUGCAGGCGCCAAGGCUGCUAUUGUGACCCAGCAGGCAGCAGCCGAAGCUGUGACCAGGAUGGCAAAUGUGUUUGUAAAUUCAAUGUCACUGGAGAGAGCUGUGACCGAUGUAAGCCUGGGUAUUAUGACCUUCAAGCUGGCCGAUCAGAAGGAUGUUUGCAGUGUUUCUGUUAUGGCCACUCAUCCAAUUGCCACAGCUCCACUGAUUACAGCAUGCACAAGAUCACAUCUGACUUUGAGAAAGGUGUAGAAGGAUGGACAGCAGUCCUGAAAGAUGGUUCCCCAGCAUCAAUCCCCAUCCGGAUGUCCCGCCACCAGAAAGAGGUGUAUCUUGCAUCACGACAGCUGGAGCCCCUUUAUUUUAAUGCCCCAGGAGCAUUCUUAGGGGACCAAUCUAAUAGCUAUGGCCAAGUGCUAACCAUCAGCUUCCGUGUGGACCGAGGGCGUCAUAGAGCUGGUGUUGAAGAUAUUGUACUGGAAGGAGGAGGCCUGAAAGUUACUGCUCCUCUUACCUCAUCCAAAACUGCCUUGCCCUGCAGAUUGCCGCAAAUCUACACAUUCAGAUUGGAUGAGAUGACUUUCAGCCCUUGGACCCCUCGUAUAAGUCACUUAGACUUCCGACGCCUGUUAAGCAAUGUGACUGCCCUGCGUAUUCGUGCCACCUAUGGAGAGUACAGCACUGGGUACAUCCAAAGCGUUACUCUUGUUUCUGCUCGUCCUGGUCCUGGGGAGCCAGCACCCUGGGUGGAGAAAUGUCAAUGCCCUGUUGGAUAUAAAGGCCAUUUCUGUGAACAAUGCGCCCCAGGAUAUCGCAGGGAGUCUCCGGCACUGGGACCCUUCAGUCCUUGUGUUGCCUGCAGAUGCCAAGGAGGAGGCCUGUGUGACCCAGAAACUGGUGACUGUUACUCUGGAGAUGAGAAUCAGAAUAAUGACUGCGCUGACUGUCCUCAUGGGCAGUAUAAUGAUCCUCGUGACCCCCAGAAGUGCCUCCCAUGUCCAUGCAGUGUUGGAGUUGGUUGCUCGUUGUCUCCAGAGACACAAGAGCCUGUGUGUGACAACUGUCCUGUGGGACUGGGUGGUCCUCGCUGUGAAAUAUGUGCUGAUGGAUAUUUCGGAGAUCCCCAGGGACAAAAUGGACCUCCUAGGCUCUGCAGACCCUGUGCCUGCAAUAAUAAUAUCGAUCCCACAGUGGAGGGCAGCUGUGACCGCAUGACCGGAGAAUGCUUGAAAUGUCUUCAGAACACAGCCGGGUUCCACUGCGACAGAUGCAAGGAAGGCUACUUUGGUAACCCACUGGAUCCAAACCCACAACACAAGUGCAGAGAGUGUUAUUGUCACCCUGUGGGCUCUCAGCAAGGUUCGUGUCAGGCUGAUGGCUCAUGUCUGUGCAAACCAGGAUUUAGUGGGGAAAACUGUGAUCAGCCGCAGUGCCCCAGCUGCUAUAAUCAAGUCAUUGAGAAGAUGGCUUCAUACAAGGGACAACUGCAGCAGUUGACUGGUUCCAUCAAUGGUCAAAUGCACACCCAAGACCACCGUUACCUGGAAGAACAGAUGAGGAGAGUGGAGGAGAAGUCUCGGAGCAUGCUAAGAGAGGCCGAAUCUUCCCAUGCUACGGAGCAAUCCCUGCAAAGACAGAUGUCAACACUACAAGGGUUACAGACUGAUACCCAGAAUGACUUGGAUCAAGCUCAGGCAAAGCUACAGCAAGCACAGACCCAGACUGGAGAGUACCAGAGUCGGCUGCAGGAGACCAAGAUGAAGAUAGCAGUGGCACGGCAACAGCUUGAGGGGGGCCAGGCUGAACUGAACCGAAUGACUUUUCCUUCGGAUAAUUUAAACUGGAAUUCAAGCAAAUUUUCUACACUUGGUCAAGAAGCCCAGAAACUUGCGACUAGACUCGAACAAGAAGCUCAGAUGGUAGCACAGAACGCAGGGGACGCCUUGGCGGAUACGCAAAGAACGAUGCAGAUUCUACGCUCAGGAGACGCAGACCUCAAUGCUGCAGAGAAACUAAGAUCAAGGCUGUAUGAUGGCCGCACUCAGGUUGGCACACUGGAGACUGAGGCCAUUCAAGCUGCUGCCUCUGCAGAGAGAUCUUACCAUGAGAGCUCGCAGACUGCUCGGGAGUUAGCAAAAGCCUCUCUUGUACUCCCUAUGCAAUUCCAGGAGGAGAUGGAGCGUCUUAAGCGAGAAUCAUCAGUCUUGAAAACUUCAGUAGAAGCAGAGAUAUCUCAGAGCAAAAAUUUACAGAACAAAUUCAAUGUCUGGGAGCAGAGUGCCGAGCAGCAACUUUAUGAAGGGCAGAAGUACAGACAGAUGGGGGAUCAGCUGUUGUCGCGGGCAAAUGCUGCAAAGAAUAAAGCCAAUCAGGCCAUGCUGUCAGGGAACGCAACAUAUUAUGAGAUCGAGGGGGUGCUCAGCAGCCUGAAGGGAUUUGGAAAUCAGGUAGGAGAUCGACGCAGAGCAGCAGAAGAGGCGAUGAGGCUCCUUCCUGAAAUCCAGCGACGUGUACUAGGAGUCACAAGUACCACAGAAAGAGCGAGCACAGCACUAAUGGGUGCAGAGAAGGAUGCUGACAUGGCUGUAGAGAAUUCUGGAGAAGCUCAAGGUAUUACAACUGCAAUACAACAGGACAUGCUGCGAAUGAGCCAGGAUGCAAACAGUUCAGCUCAACUGGCCUUGACGCUGGAGAAUGAGUUCGCUGCAUUGCAGAAAAUGGCUCGCAGAACAGCUGGAGAAUUGGAUGAGAAGGCAAAGGAAGCAGCAGAAGACAGUGCAGCUGCACAGUUGAUUGUGGAUAGUGCAGCAGAAGCCGAAACUCAUGCUGGUGGUGCCCUCACUGCUGUCACAACAACAUUGAACGCCCUCGAUCGAGUUCUCAGCUUAUUAGACCAACCUGUCGAAGGAAAUGGAGAAGCGUUACAAUCUCUAGAGAGCAGCAUGGAGACGGCUCGCAAGCAGGUCACUCAGCGCCUCAGGCCAGCUUUACAAGAGCUGGAGUUGUCAUUUAAACUUCAAAAACAGCGGAUUCUCAGCCUGGAUACCGAGAUCCAGCAAACGAUGAUUGAUAUCCAAAACCUGAGGGAUAUCAAAAACAGCCUUCCACCAGGGUGCUACAAUACAGCUCCAAUUGAAAGGCCCUGAAACCCCAAAGGACAAAAUAGGUGCCGUAAAGCCCAUAAUUACGAACAAUCACUUGAGCUGAGUGCAAGA